GUUUGCUUGACAUUCAUUGUUCAUGUUAACGAUCGUGCACACGAACGUGGGCUUCCCUUGUCUGCGCCGCUGUCUCGGGAUGCCUCGAGUUUGCUGGCAACGAUCGAAUCUUCCCAGACAUCUUAUGCUGCUCGCCUUCUCGUCCCCAGGGUUUAGAUCGCAGGCGCUGUGUGUAAUGGCAUCGUCAUUCGGGAGCUUGAAUCGCAAUGUGCGUAGAACUGGGCUUCAGGAGUUGAGGAUGGCGUGAUUGUGAUAAGCUCAUCGUUGUCGAAGCUCGUUGGUGUGAGAACUGCACGAGGGUUGCGGGAGCGUAGCAUUUGUUAUUUUAGUACCUUUAGUGCAAUGAUACCGUAGUACCUUUUCCAAGGGAACCAUUUUUGUGCAGCUUGCGUUGUUAUUUGGAAACGACGGCUGUGAAUAAGAAGUUAUUGAUGCGGAUUUGCAUGACAGCGUUCAUACGUUUACCGUGGCUGUAGACAACGGCGAACCAAAGACGCCGUAGUCACCUAUGGGCUUGUUUUUCCUCAAUGAUCCAUCAUGACCAGGAUCCUACCGAAUACAUAACUCAUCCAAUUUUGACCUUUCCAAGUGAUCUGAAUGAGAGAUGGGAUCGUCUCAGGCAACUCGAAUGUACAGUUUAAAGUCUUGCUGAUCUGAUUUCUUUUUUGGUUGAGGUUCGAGCACUCAGCGUGGGUGCGAUAGGCGAAGAACAAAGCAGGAACGUAUCAAAUGCCCUAGCGCGACGCGCAUCACCAUGCGGGUGGAUGUUGUAGAUCUUCAAAGGGCACUAGAAGUCCAAUACCUGAGGAACAGUGUUUUUGCUUGUACAUACUAGCGAGCAGGUCAGGAAGAUCAGGGUUGAAGUUUAACACAUUUCGCCUUCUUGAACCCGGCACGUGCUCUCUGAAGGUUGAAGUUGUCAACCCGAGCCACACAUUAUGAUUGUAUAGAUUUUAUAAAUAUUCUAGCAAAUCUUGAUCCGUAUGCAGUAGCUGAUGUUGCGUGCGAAGCCAGGUGGUCGACCCUUGUAGAUUGAUCGAUCGUUGAUAGGGACGGUAUUGGUAGUGUACUUGUUAGUCGCUGUCUCGAUUAGGACUCUGGUACCAUGGAUCAGUCGAUGCCUAUGAUGCAGUAUGGAGAGGGGGGACAAACAGUUCUGAGAAAGGGAGAUCCCUCUUGUAUUGUGGCAUCCACAUGUGCAGCUCCAAAUAGACAGAGAUUUCGGUCGGGGAAACGAACAACCUUGCCACAACGGCUUGAUAAUUCCGGGGAUGAGAGCGAGCCAGUUCAUGAGCCCGAAGUUGUUCAGUUGAAUCUGAAAUCGUGCCUAAUGGGAGUUCGCGUGAUGGACGACAAUGAAGAGCAGUUUUUCAGCAGACAAUCUUCCAUGUCUUCAAUGAUUUCGGAGAGGUAUCGCCCAAGUGAGUCUCCAACCCCUUUAAAGUGGAAUUCAGUACUUGGAAAAGGGAUCGAUCCUCCAAAGGCUAAGAUUGAUAUUCCAUCAUCGCCAGUUUCAAUACCUCCUUCAGGUAGUAGAGGUCACAGCGGGGUUAGAAUGACCCCACCUUUGGAUUUUAGUAGGUAUUCACAAUCGAAUGAAACAAUGUUUCGCACUAACGCCGGAGGUUCAAGGGUCCCCAGUGGAGUUCUGUACCCGUGUCCAAAUCCAGGGAGCAGACCUAAUAGCUGCCAGCUGAAUGCUGUUCAUUUCACGAUGGACAGUAACUUGUUUGCCUCAGAUGUAGGAGGUACCCAUGAGGGCAACGAUUUCUCAGAAAGGGUGUUUCAGAAAUUAGUGAGGCGGUCAAGGUUGCGUCAAUGCAACUCGGGUGUUGGAAACCUGAGUGAUAACUUGACCACUCGCAGUGAUCGUUGCAAUACCCCCGAGAAUGAACCAGGGAACUCCCCUGUGAGCACACUUGACUGUCCUCAAUCGCCUACCUUUUCGGAGCGCUCGUUUCGUUCCAAAUCGAACCGGAAGUCUCUGCGGGGUCGAAGUGACGAUGCCAAUGCGAUUGUCGCUUCGCAAGCCGGCCCCGCUGACCCUACGACUUCCCGACCCAAAAGCCAGUUGCCUCAGUAUUUGAUGUCCAUUAAUUCUGCUUUGAACGGGGACGCUAGUGAUGACGACGACUUCGAUGGUCCCAGCGAGGCCGCUUGGAUGGAACCCGAAGACAAUUCAUACCUCACUGAUCUUCCAGUGGUGGAAGGAUACACAUCGAGUCGGAGGAAGAAUAAGCCCACGCAUGAGCGCUGGUCGUCAAGCAGCAGCUCUUGGAGUCUUUCCCUGGUACCAAAACCUCUCAGGACCGUAUCAACGAUGGUUAAUAGGAGGCAUCAUAUAAAUGCUACUGUCCCGGGCUCUUCUGCCAAGAAGGUAUUUCGCCGAGGAAAACGUGCAGUUAUGCCCAUCUCGUUGACAACUAGCUUUGAUGGAGGUUCCAUUCACUCAAGAGCAGUGACGAGAGGGCCGCAGUCGGAGCUGAAUUCGGGGCGAAGCUGGUGGCCGGAGCUCGGAUCCGGGAGAAAGUCUAUCUGGGUACCUUCGUCGGGACCUCUACAAAUGGAUAUUGCGGCAGAGCCGGACUUGCACGAGCCAGAUAUGGAGCUCACGAACAAUAUGCCGCAUAGACAGGAUCAGGAUGCUCGGGAGGAAGUCGGUGAGCUAGACUUCCCUUUCGACAAUCCUACAACCAGUUCAUUUGUCUUUCAAGAAGCCGGCGAGGGUCAGAGUUCAUCUGAUGCACGAGAAUCAUUUGACAGGCCCAUCCUGCACAACACUUUUGUGUCUGUAAUUAAAUCCGCUGACCUCGAACUUAGUGGCAACUAUAAUGACCCCGAGUAUGUCUCAAGUUUUGACAGUGAGGACUCGCACACCUUCUCAGCAGACGGCAGAGCACGGGUUGUGCUGCACGAUCAGACACCGCAAUGGAAUUAUAGUCGAAGCUUUGAGUAUGCAAUAGAUGUGGCUGAUGGCAUCGGCUUGUCCAGCAGAGUAAUGAGUGGGCUGUCUGCGGGUACCCUAAGUGGGUGCCUCUUGGAAAUGGGCAAGUCUGGAAGGUUUAGUGUCGACUUGCAGCGAGAACAGAAAUUAGACAAAGCGCAUCAUCCUCGUACUCCUGACGUGAAGCUGAAGGUAUUCAAGUCUGAGAAGUCAUUGAGACGUACCAUCUUGACACCUUGUCUGCCUUUUCUGCAAAGAUCGACCAAGAAUGUGCCCAGGAUCAAGCAAUCUGCAGGCACAUCCAAUCGGAGAAUGCAACCAGUAAACAGCUUCACUGCUAGGUUGGGAUCUCUUUCUGAGAAUACGAGCCUUGUCGCUCCAUCUCAACCGAAUAAGUUCAGCCUCGAUGAAUCUUCCAAUGAGGUCAAAGUUAAAUCUGAAAUGGAAGGCACUGUGAGUAUGGUUGCUCGGCGCCCGCUUCUACCCCGCUACGCUGGAGUUUCUUUGCUGCCCACUCAUACACUUAAAUGAUCUGUUGAGACGAUCAUCCAAGUUACUCGAUGGUGCUUGAGCUACUCAAUUCAUGGACUGGGAGAAAUUACAACGUUUAUUGAAGACAUAUUAGUCCCAGCGCUGCGUAAGCGUUUUUACAACUAAAGUUCCUGGGUGUAAGGAACCUACGCAAUUUGACGAUUCUCUACAGGUUCUCGAGCUAUGAUGUAGUGAACUGAUGCAUGUGCCAAAAUCUUCGAGCAGCCAGCCAGUGCAAUAGUUACUAGCAAUCCAGUGAUGCGGAGGAUGAGAAUUUCUCGAGGCUUGCGCAAUGAAGCUGUCUUUUAGAUUGAUUCCGGAAUUUAUGAUCAUGUUGCAGCACUCAGGAGUGGUGAUGCUGUAAUCAUAGUUCUCGAUCAGAUCCCUAGUGUUGACAGGACUGUUAUUAGCCCGUGCUUGGUGUGCAAGGCUACCUGAGCAGCGGAUAAGUGCGGAUAGCGUCAAUGCACAACACUUGAAUUUGAAGUAGGACACUAUGUUGAGUUUGAAGGCCAAUGGCCACAACGCCAUGAUUGUUCUCCUCAGGGCACGGGCGCAUUCUCAAUGCUUCGUUUUCUCUGCAGUUCUGAAUGUAUACUACAUUCAUACUGAAAUACACUGACAAAAUUUCUGCAAGAUUCACACA